GAAAGCCAGAGAUGUGAAGGGACUCUCGCCCCUGAUGGUACUGAUGGUGGUGGUCUUCUUGCUGCUCCUCUUCUGGGAGAACGAACUGAGUGAGGAUGUUGUGCUGACAUCCUUGGAGCAUUUGCACGUGGACUAUCCUCAGAACACCAUCCCUCUGAGGUACUGCAACUAUAUGAUACAGCAGAGGGUCAUCAGGGGACCCGGCCACACAUGCAAAAAGCUGCACGUCUUCAUCCACGAGAGGCCUCAGAAAAUCAACAGCAUCUGCACUUCCUCCAAGAAGGCGACUUGUGAGAACUAUACCGACAUUUUCUGCUUCCAGAGUGAGACAAGAUUCAGACUGACAGUCUGUCAGCUCAUUGAUGGCACCAGAUAUCCUGCUUGCAGGUACCAAGUCUCCCCUAUAGAGGGGUUCGUCCUUGUCACUUGCGAUGACUUAGGACCCGUUAAUUUUCAGGGAUAUGUUCAAUAACUG